CCUUCCGUUCAGGGACAAAUUAAAUACAAGAAUUAAAUACAGAGCAGAGGGCAUUAAAAAAGGAGAAAGAGAUCAUCUGCAAGUUUGUGAGAGAAAAUGUGAUUUUCUCUGGAUGUGUAGACAUCACAAGUCUGUCAGUGUCUGUUGACAUAAAAGAAACACAUUGCCUGCCAUCUGACACACAUUAAAUAAACUCAUUAGACCAUUUCCCUGAAAAUUCCUAUUACAAGUUGAGAUAUUCUUGAAAACAAUGGUUUUAAAGUGGCAAAAAUAUUGAUGAAAAUGCACAAUACUUUUAAUCAUGAGAAAUUCUCAUGUGAAUUUAUGAAACCAAUUAACUUUCUUCCUGUGACAGAAACUCAUAGGUUAGACGUUGCUGUAUUCACUGUUGUUUCUCUGAUUCUGUUCUCUCUUCCAAGACAACAUUAAUUAACUUUGCCUGGGACAAAGGUUGACUCCCACCCACUUCUUCUAUUCUGUACCUUUGGCUUUGUGGCCAGUCUGUUCUGCUGUCUGCCUCAUCAACACAGUUUACUAAAAGGAUAAAGAGUCACCAUCUUUUUAAAAGCGUGGAUAUGGCAAACAUGUUACCAUUCUCAUCUGAUGGGCAGGCCAAAAAAACAGCUAAUCUUCAUGACCUGAAUGAGCCUCUUAUCAACCACGCUGAGGGCCAACUCUUCUUGAAUGAAGCCUUCAAAAUUAUUGUGGAAGAGGUGCUCUGCAAGGGCACAGACAUCAAACAGAAGGUUUGUGAGUGGAAAGAGCCAGAGGAGCUGGCUCAGUUGCUGGAUCUGCAGUUGAGAGAGACCGGGGAGCCACAAUGUAGGGUCUUAGAGAGAGUAAGAGAUGUUGCCAAAUACAGCGUCAAGACAAGUCACCCACGUUUUUUUAAUCAACAGUUUGGUGGGGUGGACUAUCAUGCCUUGGCUGGUCGGUUCCUCACUGAGGCUCUCAACACUAACCUCUUCACCUAUGAGGUUGCCCCAGUGUUUGUGUUGAUGGAGAAAGAGGUUCUGAGUGGGCUACGUCAGCUGGUUGGCUGGACAGAAGGUGAUGGUAUUUUCUGCCCUGGUGGGUCUACCUCCAACAUGUACGCCAUGAAUCUUGCACGCUACCAACGCUUUCCAGAAGUCAAAAGCCAGGGACUGUGGCAUCUCCCAAAACUAGCCAUCUUUACAUCUCCAGAGAGCCAUUACUCUGUGAAGAAAGGGGCUGCCUUCAUGGGCAUUGGGACAGACAAUGUCAUCAUGGUGAAAGUGGAUGAUGGAGGCCACAUGAGUCCAGAGGACCUGGAUGAAAAGAUACAGCUUGCAAAAUCUCAGGGUUUGGUGCCGUUCCAUGUAAGCUGCACAUCAGGAACCACAGUGCAGGGUGCCUUUGACCCGCUGUACCACAUAGCUGAUGUCUGUGAGAAACACAAGCUCUGGAUGCACGUAGACGCUGCCUGGGGAGGGAGUGUGCUCUUUUCCAAGCAACACAGACAUCUGAUGAAAGGCGUUGACAGAGCAAACUCAGUAGCCUGGAAUCCGCACAAGAUGCUGGUGGCUGGCCUGCAGUGUUCUGUCUUGCUGCUAAAGGAUACCACGGACUUGUUGAAGCAGUGCAACAGCGCCAAUGCCACAUACCUCUUCCAGCAAGACAAAUUCUACGACAUGAAUCUGGACGUUGGAGACAAGUCAGUACAGUGCAGUCGCCAUGUUGACUGUCUGAAGCUGUGGUUGAUGUGGAAGGCUGUUGGCUCCAUUGGCUUGGCAGAGCGUGUGGACAAAGCUUUUAUCCAUGUCAGGUACCUGGUUGAGCAGAUGAAGAAAAGAGAGGGGUUCCAUCUUUUGCGUGAUCCAGAGUUUGUGAAUGUAUGCUUCUGGUUUAUACCACCCAAUUUGAGAGGGAAGGAAGGAAAUGCAGAUUACUGGGAGAGACUGGCAAAAGUCGCUCCAGUCAUCAAGGAACGCAUGAUGAAACAAGGCACUAUGAUGGUGGGCUACCAGCCCCUGGGAAACAAGGUCAACUUUUUCCGUGUGAUUGUGUUCUCUCCCCUUGUUACCAAGAAAGAUACAGACUUUUUUCUUGAUGAAAUUGAAAGACUGGGAAAUGAUUUGUGAUUUUGAAAUGAUUCG